AAAAUGAUUUAGAUGAAAACCAAAUUACUUUUGAUUUUAACAAUGAAUUAAGUAAACUUUUUACUCAAAUUAUUAGUGAAAAUGAAGAAAAUAGUAAUAUAGAAUUAUAUAUAAGUAAAUAUAAUAAUGAUAUUAAAACAGAAUUAGAAUUAGAUAACAAUAAUAAUGAACAAAACUUUGAUUAUACAUGUGAUAAAGAAAUUAAUGAACUUAUAUCAGAUAAUGAAGAAUUAAUUAAUAAAGAAAAAAAAUCUAAUGU